UAAAAAGAGGAAAAAUCUGCCGUUUGACUUAGAAAUGAUGCAGUUCAGUACCAGCAGCCACCAGCAGGGGGCGGUAGAUGUUCACACUGAGUUCAUCACCUCCUCUCUGUCUUCAGUCAUCAGCUGCAGUUUAUUUAUUCAUUCAUUCAUUCGUCCAUCAGUCCGUCAACAUGGAGAAACUGCAGCUGCUGAUCUGGGUUUGUGUUUUUGUCGGUCCGACUUGUUGUUGGCACGACUUGGACAACAGCGAGUACGACUGCUGGCCUCUGGACCGACCCAACGAGAACAACAUGAUCGACUGUGGAGGUCUGGAGAUGUCCUGGGUGGUUCGUCCUCCUGAACUGGUCAAAAGUGGAGAAGUUUUUAGCGUCACGUAUUCAGUCACAGCUCAGGAUUCUUUCUACAGCUGGGCUGUUCAGAACCACAUCUUCACCCAGAGCUCCAUAACGAACGCUGUAGAAGCUCGGAGGUUCUGCGAACAUCACGACUGUCCGAGCAACUGGAAGGAUGCAAACGGAGAAAACUGCUGCAUCCAUCACGCCAACAUCCACUCCUGUCCUCUGGGACACAUGACGUCUGAAAGCAUCUGUGGUCCCUGGAUUCCUGACGAUGGAAAAAUCUUCACCCACACCAUCUCCACAUCUGGAAAGAUGACUCAGACCAACUGGACGGCAAAGGUGGUUUUGUUCCACGCCGGUUUAACUUCGCUCAUCGCUCACAUACGAGUCGGUCGAAUGCAGGUUGCUCUUGAGGCUAAAAGCACCGUCCUGCCGGCUGUAGUCUGCGGCGAUGGCGUCUGUGAGGAGGCGGAGCUUUGUUCCACCUGUCCGGCCGACUGCGGUGAAUGUCCGAUGACGGCGGCCACCAAACUGGCCAUCGGCCUGCCGCUCAGCCUGCUUUGCCUCUCCUUCAUACUGACCGCUGUGUGGCUCAGAUACCAGAAGGAGAAGCUGCUCUGGGACGAAAGCUGGAUCAUCGACUUCUCUACCAUAAAACAAGACCAGGAGGCUCAUAUGACCAUGGGCAGCAUCAUGAGCAUCCCGGUGGCGAACAGCGACAGUAACACCAGCUGUGUCACUGCUCUAAGCUCCUGCACCGGCCAACCAGGAACCAGGAAAACUCUGUUCACCUGCACCGGCAUCUACGACGGCCGGACAGUUGCCAUCAAGAGGAUUCAGACUAAGACUUUCUCUCUGUCCAAAACCAUCCGACAGGAAGUCAAACAAGUCAGGGAGCUUGACCAUCCCAACCUGUGCAAGUUCAUUGGCGGUUGUGUCGAGGUGCCUGAUGUCGCCAUAGUAACGGAGUACUGCCCGAAGGGAAGCCUUAACGACGUCCUGCUUAACGAGGAGAUUCCUCUGAACUGGGGCUUCAGGUUUUCCUUCGCCACCGACAUCGCCAGAGGGAUGUCGUACCUCCACCAGCACCGGCUCUGUCACGGCCGACUCAAGUCUCUGAACUGUGUCUUAGACGACCGCUGGGUCUGUAAAAUAACAGAUUAUGGGCUGAGGAUGUACCGCAGGGACGAUGGGGCGGAGCCUCUAUCCACCUAUCAGCAGAGGCUCCUGGAGGUUUACAUGCCACCUGAGUUUCAGAACUCCAACAUGGAGCCGACGCUGGCUGGAGACGUGUUCAGUUAUUCCAUCAUCCUGCUGGAGAUAGCAACUCGCAGCAACCCAGUCCCAGUGGAGGAGUCCAACCUGGAGUGUUCCUGGUGUCCUCCUCUACCUGAGCUGAUCUCCAGUAAAGCCGACAGCACCUGUCCCUGUCCCUCUGACUAUGUGGAGCUGAUCCGGCGAUGUCGCUCUCAUAACCCCGCCCACCGGCCCACAUUUGAACAAAUCAGGAAGUUUGUUCACCGGAUCAACCCGAUCAAAGUCAGCCCGGUGGACAUGAUGAUGAAUCUGAUGGAGAAGUACAGUAAACAUCUGGAGGUGCUGGUGGCCGAACGGACUCAGGAUCUGACGCAUGAAAAGCAGAAAACUGACCGGCUGCUGUACAGUAUGCUUCCUAAGCAGGUGGCCGACGACCUCCGUCAGGGGAAACCGAUGCAGGCUCAGAGCUACGUCAGCGCCACCGUCUUCUUCAGCGACAUCGUGGGCUUCACCCAGCUGUCUAGCAGCAGCACUCCUUACCAGGUGGUCGACUUCCUCAACAAGCUCUACACCACGUUCGACGACAUCAUCGACAACUACGACGUCUACAAGGUGGAAACCAUCGGAGACGCCUACAUGGUGGUCUCCGGGGUUCCGCGGGUCAACGGGAUCCUUCAUGCCUCCCAGAUCGCCAGCAUGGCUCUGGACCUGGUGGGCGUCUGCAGAACCUUCCGGAUCCCCCACAAACCCAACACUCAGCUGCAGAUCCGGGCCGGGAUCCACUCUGGUCCAGUUGUGGCUGGAGUGGUAGGAACCAAGAUGCCUCGGUACUGUCUGUUUGGAGACACGGUGAACACGGCGUCUAGGAUGGAGUCCAACAGCGUCGCUCUGAAGAUCCAGUGCAGCUGCAGCACCUUCUACCUGCUGGAGGAGAUCGGAGGAUACGUGCUGGAGUGUAGAGGAACGCUGCAGGUCAAGGGUAAAGGCGACAUGGUGACCUACUGGCUGGAGGGGACGAAGACGUCUCUGGCCUCCAGGGAGACGACCAGACCCGUCGCCAUGGAAACGGAGGCGGAGAAGGAGGCGGAGCUCCAGCCGUCGGUGCCUGGUUUCCUUGGCGACGACCUGCUGCUGGACCAAUCCUGAUCCAGAACGUCGUCACAUGACCUCCAGAGAAACAGAAGAAAGAACGUUUCCGGCAGAUUCUCAGAGAAACUCAGUUUAACCGAAACGUUUCCGGUUUAACGUCAGAAAUGAUCCUGCUGGAGUCAAACGAAACGACUCAAAACAAAGAAAACAUCUUUCAAAAUGUCAAGUAGAAAACUGUCCAAAAUUAAUCUUAAAAAACAACUUGUCCAAAAAUUACUGCAAAUUGUCAACAUGUAAAAAAAAACAAAAUCACAAAAAUAUACAUUAAAUAUUCGACGAAAUGACACAAAAUAACUCACAUAUAAAUAGUUAAAAAUGUAGAAAAUUUGUCCAAAAUCGAUAUUUUUUAACUUUUUGAUUUAUUUCAGACAUACUAGAAUACAAUAAAGGCUAAAAAAAAAGAGAAAAUAAAUCACAACAAAUAAAAAAAAGGCAAAAAGGAGGAAAAAAAUCUCACAGUAAUAACUCCAAAAAGUGUCUAAAAAAUGUAAAUGAGUCGAAACCACAUAAACAUGAAGACAAAUCUGUUAAAUGACUGAAAUAAUCUAAAACAUGAAACCAAACAAAGUAGAUGAACAUGAUCGGUGUGAAGUCAAGAGUUUCUAACGUUGAUUAUAAUAAAUCACAAAGUUGCCGUUUGGUGUUUUCAGGUUUUUGUCUUUCAUGUGAAGUUUUGUGACGUUUUUAUCUCCAGUCUGUUGACGACCAAUAAAUAAAAUCUGUGUUUAUUGAG